AUGGAGGCAAAUGGAGUUGUUUUAUGUGACAAUUUGAUCAAGUGGUUGCAGACAUUAGAUCUAAAGGCAAAACAUGGAAAUCCCUCAGAAUUAUCUGAUGGGGUGGCGAUAGCUGAAGCCCUUACCCAAAUAGCACCAGAAUAUUUCACUCCCACUUGGAAUAUCAAAAUAAAGACAGAUGUAGGACUUAACUGGAGAUUAAAAGUGAGCAACCUGAAAAAAAUAUUGGAGGGAGUUGUAGAUUACCACCAAGACAUUCUAAAUUUAAGCCUACAAGAGUUUUCAAGGCCAGAUGUAGUAAAUAUAGCCGAAACUGCAGAUCCGUCUGACUUGGGGAGAUUGCUUCAACUUGUUUUAAGUUGUGCGGUCAACUGUGUGAAAAAAGAAGAAUACAUAACAAGAAUAAUGGAAAUGGAACUAUCCUUCCAGAGAUCAAUUAUGCAGGCCAUACAGGAACUUCAGACGUUAACACCGGGCGCGAACCGUGGCAGUGUGCACUUGGACACGCCGGCGGCGGAGCAGUCUGAUGCCGACAUGAAAGAAGCCCUGGCGCAGAGGUGUCAUGAGCUGGACACACAGCUAAAAAUUCUCCAAGAGGAGAAGAUGACGUUGCUCAGCGAGGUAGCACGCCUGACCGCAGCGCGGGCGGCUGCUACCGCGGCUGAGAAUUGGUCGCCGGAGCUGGACGAGGGUGGGGCUUCACUAGGGCCCGCUCAUGCUGGGACCUUGAGAUACACAACUAUGAGGGCACAGCUUGACGCGUUGAAGGAGGAACUAGAUAAAGUGGAGCUGCAAAGGGAUGACCAACAUGCCAGAGCUGACGCCGCGGAACGAGAAUUGGCCUUGUAUAAGCUUAGGAAUGAGGAACUGCAAAUGGCGGCGACUGAGAACGUGACUCUGAAGGAUGAGUUAGAUGCGCUACGUGAGACGGCUGCGAAGGCGGCUACGCUCGAGGCUGCUGUUGCGUCAUACAAGAAACGGAUGGAGGAGCACGUUGACUUACGACGACAGGUGAAGUUGCUAGAGCGUGCAAACACGGAGCAUGUGCAACGCGCCAUAGAACACGACCAGGCUGCUGUUAAAGCCAAUGCUGUGCGGGCACAGCUCGACAUUUACAAGAAACAGGUGACAGAUUUAAACGAGAAACUUGACGCUGAGAUUACAAAAGCUGACAAGUUGGAGAUCGAAAAUAAAAAGCUGAGCAGUCGCGCCAUGUCACUGCAACGUGAGCGAGACACGCUCUUGCAGGAACGUGACACGCUGCGAGAUACUGUCGACGAGUUGCGCUGUUCCACCAUUACUGCAGGAGCUAAUGAAGGCAACGUAUCGCGGGAGAUGAGUGAAACGGCCAACGAUCUGAAGGAGAAAUUGAUUCGAUUGGAGCACGAGAACAAAUUGCUGCGACAGAACCAGGGUGCCCAGGCAGACCAGGCAUCGGUACAGGCCCUUCUUGAAGAUUACGUGGCUCGACUAGAAAAGCAGCGGGCGAUGAACCGCGAGGCAAACCAACGGAUUAUGCAGUUGGAAGCCACGCUCGAAGCCCCUAACCCCAGGCUCACUACUGCCAUGGAAGAUAACCAGAGGAAAUCCCUGCAAGUAGAAGAGCUGCAGUCCGCGUUAGCCGAAGAGCGGCGGCGCUCCAGCAAACUGCAGGAGGCGCUGGCGGCGCGGGACCAGGAUCUGCUCGCCACCGAGGACAAGUACAAGAAGUGCCUCGAGAAGGCCAAGGAUGUCAUCAAGUCGCUCGAUCCCAGGGCGUCCGCCCAACAGUCGCUGUCGGACAUAACGCUGGGCUACUCUCGCGCCGCGGCCCCGGCGGGCCCGGCCCGGCCCGACGCGCCGCCCCUCCCCAACAACAGGCUUGAGUGGAGCGGGGCGGGCGCCAACGAGCAGCGCCUGCUGGCCACGGCGUGGUACCAGCUGGGCAUGCGCUGCCAGCGCGACGCCGUAGACACUCGCUUCGCGCUGCUGUCGAGCGGCCAGUCCUUCCUGGCGCGCCAGCGCCGCCAGCCGCCCCGCCCGCGCGUCCCCCCCGCCCCGCACUCGCCUCGCGCGCCCGCCGCCGCGCCGCCCGCGCCCGCGCAAUGA